AUGGAAUUGAGCAGUGGAAAAAUUCUGGAUUUUCAGUUAGCGCAGAGUAAUGAAGUACCAGGGUCAACACACAUGGAGUUGGAGGGGUUAAAGAGAGGGCUGAAACACCUAGAAGACGCAGGUCUACAUAUUGAAAAUCUUGUCACUGAUCGACAUGGUAUGAUGAAGAAAUACAUGCGAGAGGAUCACCAAGACAAGAACCACUUCUUCGAUGUGUAUCAUGUGGCUAAAGGCAUUUCUAAGAAACUGGAGACAGCAUCAAAGAAGAGAGAUUGCGGCAACAUUAGGCCCUGGAUCAAGUCCUCAGUGAACCACUGUUACUGGGUAGCUGCAUCCUGUGGUGGGGACAGUGAACUAAAGGUGCAAAAAUGGUCCUCCCUUGUCCAGCAUGUUUCAAAUCAGCAUGAACAUUGUGAACAUGAACUGCUCAAUGAGGAGAGGUUGUGGCUGAAAGAGGGAUCAAGAGCUCACAAACUCUUCAGGGAAGUUGUGGAGAGCAGAUACUUGACAAGAGAUGUAGGCAAGCUGUCUCCCCUCCAUCAGACAUAUGGGUUAGAAAUGUAUCAUAGCGUCGUGAAUUCCUUUGCACCAAAAAGCACCCACUUUUUCUACCCAGCUAUGAUGGCAAGGUAUGUUUCAAUGAUCAUCAGUUCAAAAAUCAUCUGA